AUGUCGUAUGCCGUGGAAACUAAGAAGCGCAAGUUUCAUCGAGUUCUAGAAUCAUUGACGAAACCUUCGAACGCCGAAUCCUCGUCCAAACCAACCCCCGCCGCAACUACAGCGACAACAACAACAACAGCAAAUACAAAUGAACGAAUCUCCGCAGAUCUGGCAGCGAAAAAGGCUCGCUUGAGUGAUCGUCAGGAUGGAAAUGAUCUUGCAUCUGUGCGGAAAACAGUUUUGAGGGUUGCUCGUUCAAGUUCUCGAGAUUCGUCAGUGUCGUCGUCCUCGCGGCCGAGUUACGUCCCCUGGGAUCGCGAGCGUUUUCUUGAAAGACUGGAGACAUUUCGCCGGGUUGAUCGAUGGUCACCGAAACCAUCGGCGAUAAACGAAUUGGAAUGGGCUAAGCGUGGCUGGAUCUGUACGGAUGUGUCGCGAGUGGCAUGCGUAGGAGGGUGUGGCGGUUCCGUUGUCGUCAAACUACCAGAUGAGCUCGAUGAGUUAGAUGGGUAUGAUAGCGAAAAGGUACAGGAGAGGAAGGAAGUUCGUAAGUUGCGACUGCGUUAA